AUGCAGCUGGAGCAUUGUCUUUCUCCCUCUAUCAUGCUCUCCAAGAAAUUUCUCAAUGUGAGCAGCAGUUACCCACACGCAGGCGGAUCCGAGCUUGCCUUGCAUGAUCAUCCCAUUAUCUCGACCACUGACAACCUGGAGAGAAGUUCACCUUUGAAAAAAAUUACCAGGGGGAUGACGAAUCAGUCAGAUACAGACAAUUUUCCCGACUCCAAGGACACACCAGGGGACGUCCAGAGAAAUAAACUCUCUCCCGUCUUGGACGGGGUCUCCGAGCUUCGUCACAGUUUCGAUGGAUCUGCCGCAGAUCGCUAUCUGCUCUCUCAGUCCAGCCAGCCCCAGUCUGCUGCCUCCGCGCCCAGUGCCAUGUUCCCCUACCCCGGCCAGCACGGACCUGCUCACCCGGCCUUCUCCAUCGCCAGCCCCAGCCGCUACAUGGCUCACCACCCCGUCAUCACCAACGGCGCCUAUAACAGCCUCCUGUCCAACUCCUCGCCGCAGGGCUACCCGGCGCCGGGCUACCCCUACCCCCAGCAGUAUGGCCAUUCCUACCAGAGCGCCCCGUUCUACCAGUUCUCCUCCGCCCAGCCGGGGCUAGUGCCGGGCAAGGCGCAGGUCUACCUGUGCAACAGGCCGCUUUGGCUGAAAUUCCACCGGCACCAGACGGAGAUGAUCAUCACCAAGCAGGGCAGGCGCAUGUUCCCUUUCCUAAGUUUUAAUAUUUCUGGUCUCGACCCCACGGCUCACUACAAUAUUUUUGUGGAUGUAAUUUUGGCGGAUCCUAACCACUGGAGGUUUCAGGGAGGCAAAUGGGUUCCUUGCGGCAAGGCAGACACCAAUGUACAAGGGAACCGCGUGUACAUGCACCCCGACUCCCCCAACACGGGAGCGCACUGGAUGCGCCAGGAGAUCUCCUUUGGGAAGCUCAAACUUACCAACAAUAAAGGAGCAUCGAACAACAACGGGCAGAUGGUGGUCCUGCAGUCCCUGCACAAGUACCAGCCCCGCCUGCACGUGGUGGAGGUGAACGAAGACGGCACGGAGGACACCAACCAGCCGGGCAGGGUGCAGACCUUCACCUUCCCCGAGACGCAGUUCAUUGCGGUCACCGCCUACCAGAACACCGAUAUCACGCAGCUGAAAAUCGACCACAACCCCUUCGCCAAAGGCUUCCGGGACAACUACGACACGAUCUACACGGGCUGCGACAUGGACCGGCUGACGCCUUCCCCCAACGACUCGCCCCGCUCUCAGAUCGUGCCCGGGGCCCGCUACGCCAUGGCCGGCUCCUUCCUCCAGGACCAGUUCGUGAGUAACUACGCCAAGUCCCGCUUCCACCCCGGGGCAGGAGCCGGCCCGGGACCCGGCGCCGACCGCAGCGUGCCCCACACCAACGGGCUGCUCUCCCCACAGCAAGCCGAGGACCCGGGGGCCCCCUCGCCGCAGCGCUGGUUCGUCGCCCCCGCCAACAACCGCCUCGACUUCGCCGCCUCCGCCUACGACACGGCCACCGACUUCGCCGGCAACGCGGCCACGCUGCUCUCCUACGCGGCGGCCGGCGUCAAGGCGCUGCCUCUGCAGGCGGCCGGUUGCGCGGGGCGGCCGCUUGGCUACUACGCCGACCCGUCGGGCUGGGGGGCCCGCAGCCCCCCGCAGUACUGCAGCAAGUCGGGCUCCGUGCUCUCCUGCUGGCCCAACAGCGCGGCGGCAGCGCGCAUGGCGGCCGGCAACCCCUACCUGGGGGAGGAGGCGGAGAGCCUGGCUCCCGAGCGCUCCCCUCUGCCGGGCGCCGAGGACUCCAAGCCCAAAGAUUUGUCCGACUCUAGCUGGAUCGAGACUCCGUCGUCCAUUAAGUCCAUCGAUUCCACCGAUUCUGGGAUUUACGAGCAGGCCAAAAGGAGGCGGAUCUCCCCCUCGGACACCCCGGUGUCCGAGAGCUCCUCGCCCCUCAAGAGCGAGGUUCUCACCCAGCGGGACUGCGAUAAGACCUGCGCCAAGGACAUCGGCUACUACGGCUUCUAUUCGCACAGCUAG